CGUUCACACGUAACAUAUGUUUUCAUUUCACCAAUAUUGCAAUUCUCAGCACAAUAAUGUCGUGGAGCAAUGAUGUUGUGUUAGAAUUUUUAGAUCUCUAUAGAAGAGAACAACUUUUAUGGGACCCCAAACAUCCAUUGCACAGGAAUAGAAGUGAGGUGACGAAUGCGUGGCUCAGAAUACAGACGUCUCUCAGUAUAAAUUGCUCGAUCGUCGACCUUAAAAAGAAAAAAGAAUCUUUAAUGACCUCAUUCAGAAUGCAUUUUAAUAAGAAAAAGAGAUCACAGGAAGACUAUAGUACGACUUGGUUUGCUUAUUCUAUGAUGGAAAGUUUUCUUGGCGGCAAAUAUGAAUGCGAUAGCACUAAUCAAAUGGAACAAGAGUUUUACGGAAACGUUACAUAUUCACCAAAUACUAACACACAGCAGCCCGUGAUCGACAUCUCUGGUCGAACUAUACAAGUGGUCGAACGACCCACUCUCGUUACCAGGCAGAACAAAGCACAAGCGAGCACGCCAAUCUCAAAAAGCACGAAUCACUCCAAUUUAGUAUUCGCGAAGAAACAAGAAGAACCGACGGGUCAUAUGAGGAAUUCACCAGGCGAUAAGAGAGAGAUGGACGAGUAUGAACUUUAUGGACAGCUGCUGGCAAAAAAAUUAAGAAAACUAGAUGAACACCAGCGAGAUGUGGCCAUGCAUGAUAUUGAUAAUAUAAUGUUUCGCGCCAAAAUGCAGAGCAGUUCGUCACAGUCUAGAAGUUACUCUUCUUCACCUUCCCCUGUGCAGAGGAAGGUGAAAUCCCCUAUAUUUAUAGUGGCACAGCAGUCCCACUCGCAGUAUGAGGACGAAAAUACUCCGUAUCAGGACCAUAUGCAGCCUCCUUCCUAAUGCCGGCUUUCUGCUUUAUGGCAGUACAGGAUUCUACCAUAAUGGUUAAGGUAGUCAUGAUAUGGCGCCGCAAAUGGUCUUUUCCAGGGUAUAGAUAGAAAUACGCGAAGCGCGCAUUUCAAAUAAUAUAAUUACUAACCCAGGACAAUUCACUCAGCGCCAUCUAGUCCCAA